GUACGCACAGUCAUGCGCAACACAUCUUUUCAUGCGAUCCUCAACUCCGAUGACUUCUGGAACACUCCCUACCUGUUCACCCAAUUGAGCGACUUGCUGCGCUUGGCGGUUGUCUACCACUCAGGGGGAUUGUAUACGGACACCGAUAUCUUGGCGCUGCGACCCUUCAAGAAUCUCGCAAAAAAUUACUUCCACGCUUUAGACAACGACGCCAAUAUUCCGUCCAACGCCUUGUUUCAUUUCGAGCGCCAUCAUCCAACGCCGAAGAAUUUCUUGGAAUUUCUUGCGGACACGUUCUCGCCUUUGAUCAGUAGACUGUGGUACGGUACGCUAGGCCCGUUUGGUCUCAUGGGAUUUUUCCGGAGCAAUGGGUGCGCCUUCAGGAUCCUCACGCCCCAGAACGCUCCUGCUUAUCACCCAGACCCUACUGAGCCAAUCGGCAUACGCAUGUCUCCGCUGAAUUAUUCAGCUGUAAAUGACGGAGCGUUUAAUGGAACGCAUUGCAGUGCAGAAACAUCUGGCAGAAAUAUGGAAACUUCGAACUAUCAUGACGUCGAAGAAGAAGAUAGGGCAUUAGCACGAGCAUUUUCCAGCGACAACUUCUUCUCUCACGAAGUCCAGUCCAUGACCGGCCGACGCUUGGCUCUGUUUAUGCUGCUGUUCACGCUCAUCCUCUGGUGCGCGUACACCAUCGGCCGAGGGGUCAACUCUGUGAUGGGAG